AUGAAACUGCAAGGCUGGUGGGUGCACUCAUCCGGAAACUCCGCAUUGGCUGCACUAACCCGCCUAUUACCGACCAUUGUGUGCUGGGAGCUAUGGAAGGCUCGGAACAAAGUGUGCUUUGAGGAUGUGGUGACCACUAGAACAGGUCUCUUACACCAAAUUACCUUGCAGCUACAUGCAGUUGGGCAUGCGUUUCCCUUCCGUUGCACAAACACAGGCGAUGCGACACUUCGGGGGCAGGGACUUGUUCCAUUUUUGGUGUAUCCGAGGCACAGAACCAUAGCCCUCUCAUGGAGCUGCCCUACUAGGCCCUAUGUGAAACUUAACGUUGAUGGCUCAUCCCUUGGGAAUCCGGGAGACUCGGGAGGUGGCGGGCUCGUUAGAGACAACUCAGGGUGCUUCCUCUACGGGUUCUCAUCAUACUACGGGUGGCAAACUAACAUGCAUGCAGAGGCAUCUGCUCGACUAGAAGGAAUACAGCUUUGUUUAUCACAAGGAUACGGCCAUGUCCUGGUGGAGCUCGACUCGCUGACGUUGCUAAAUGUGGUGCAGGGACGGUCUAAGUGUCCGUGGCGUAUAUUCCCUAUCGUCUCAGCCAUAUAG